AUGCUCUUCCUUAAUGGUCGAACUCGUCAUACGGGAAUAUCGCCGAUGAACGUGCGUAAUGGAUCCUAUACACAUAAAUUAUCUCAUUUAUCUGUUAUUGGUGGUUCUCUUUCAAUAGUAACUGGACUUAUUCUUAUUGUCGUUGGUGUUAUAUAUGAAGUACAAAGUACUAAAUUUAUUGGUAUUGGUUUAAUUAGUUUUGGAGUUUUGUGUUUGCUUAUGAAAAUUAUUCAUUUCUAUGGAAAAUUGGAUAUAUGUUAUAAUAAUUGGAUUUAUCGAACUCGUGUUGUACCAAUUAAUCAUGAAACUUCGCAACCAAAACCAAUAGGUGCAUUGUCGGUUCCCCCUCGUCCUAAAUCACCUGAAACAACACCAAAACAAUCAUAUGUAGUGCCACCUGAACCUUCAACACGUAGAACAGUAAUAUCUGGUAUAGAAAUUCAUAAUGUUCUAACUGAACAAUCAAUAAAAAACGAUGUAGUAACAAAUAAUUCUAAUACUAUUACUUAA